UCGAAUAGAAUUUGGUUUACCCCUUUUUCUCUCUCUACCAUUAUCUCGCUCAGAAAAUAUCCAAACUCGAAGUGCAAGAAAACGAACAGUAAAAGAGAAUGGGAAAUGCAUUGAGGUUUCUUUAUGGCCAAUGCUGUUCCGAGCCACCAACCACCACCACUACAUACGGCAGUGCUGGUGAUCAACAACUUGGCCACCACGGCGUUUCUUCAACCAGCGUCGGUGUCUCCGCCCUUGCCCAGCACCUCUAUCACUUCGAAAUCACCUCCCAGGUUCCUGAAGGUCUGAGUGAGCAUGUGAGUUCAUCCAAGAAAGCUCAGUCCAAUUGGUAUAAGAAACUAUCGAAGGCAUGGAGGGAAUCAAAACCUCCACCAAAGACACCUGAGGAAGCUUCUAGGCUUGUAAUUCGCACCCUACAGAGACACCAAAGACCUGAUAUCGAGGGUAUAUUAUCAUUCUACGGUCUCCCACUUCCGCACUCGCUAGUUGAACUAACCGCGGGUGAUGCUCCACCGCUUGCUGACGGUCUCAAAUUCGAAUUACACACACUUCCCGUGGAUGCAAGGGCAGUAGCAGACGGAGACACUGUAACGGUCUAUGUCAGUACCUCAGAUGCACGAGAGUCAUCGCGUGUCCCACAAGAAGUACACAUGGCGGCAGUAGAACGCAACGAAGCUCGGGCCCACAAAAACUACACCAAAGCAGAUGCAUUGCAGAAGCAAAUCAAAGAUGCAGGCUAUGGGGUGCUACAUAUCAAUAACGAGGAAAUUCUAGCACGAAAGUAUAGGAUCAGACUAAGGGGAAUAGAUGCACCUGAAAGUGCGAUGCCUUAUGGGAAAGAGGCGAAGGAUGAAUUGGUGAAGAUAAUUGAUGGGAAGUGUUUGAAGAUUUUGAUUUUUGAUGAAGAUCAAUAUGGGCGUUUUGUUGGGGAUAUUUACUGUAAUGGCAUAUUUGUGCAGGAGUUAAUGUUGAAGAAGGGACUUGCAUGGCACUACACUGCCUAUGACAAAAGGCCGGAAUUAGAGAAGUGGGAGAAAAGUGCAAGGGCUAAGAGAAUUGGGUUGUGGGCUUCAUCGAAUCCUGAAAUGCCAUGGGAAUGGAGGAAGAAUCGCCGUGAACAUAGAUAGUUUGGUUGGAUGGAAUGGAAUGGCGAAGGAAUGGAAUGAGUCGUUACAUUCCAAUCAUGUUUGGUUGGUUGGCUGGUUGUAGGAAUUAACUGAUUUUUCAUAUGAAUUUCUUUAUCUUAUUUGUAAAUACAAGGUAUAGUUUUUAUACUAUUCUAUAUAUUGUUUAAUUAUAAAUAAUGAGAUUUAACUCACAAGGAUAAAAAUUUCAAUAAAAGCU